GAGGCCCAGAUACGUUAUGCCCAAUGUGGCCGUUUGUUUCUCUGAAGACACCCUCAUAUCCAGCCGCCAACAUCUUUCGGGUCUUCUCCGUGCCAGGUGAAGGUGUAUCAAAAUGGCAACUUGUACUGAAGAGAAAAUUGAUUGCCACAUUGAAUGCUAACAAAAAGAAAGCCAUAACGAAAAAUGAGGCUCCAUCUGCAAAGGUCGAAAAUGUCCUUGGUGACGGAAGUGACGAGGACGAGUCGGAAAGUAAAACGAGAUCUUUUACUAAGAAGAGACCACCGAAUUUCUCACAUUCACUUCUACAAUCGAAAAAACAUAAAUAAUCAGGCAUACUGUGUGAAGGAAGAGCAGUAUUUUCAAGUUUUUAACUGUUUUGUCUGCUCCAUAACUUUUUGCUAAGGACAUUUUUUUUCCUCAUUAAUAUGUGGUAUGUAAAAGUGUGAAUCUUUUGUUCCUGUGUGAAGGAAGAGCAGUGUUUUUAACUGAUUUGUUCUCUCCAUAACUUUUUCACUAAGGACAUUUUUUUCUCUCAUUAAUAUGUGGUAUGUAAA